UGUGCUUACUGCUAAUACCACAAAGUAAAGAGAGAAGGAAAACAAAUUGUAAAGAAGCUAGAAAACCUGAGAAGUUAAAAUGAUGAGGCCACGAUUAUUUGGUUUGAUGGUAUGCUUAUUGUUCUUGGUGGGUGUUUGGGAUGUGGUUCCGGUAGCAAUGGGGGACACGACACCGAGCCAGUGUAAGGAGGAGAAAAAGCUUCUCGUUGAUGCGUGCAAGGCAGUUGUUACAGGAAGUGAUCCCUCUGCAUACUGCUGCCAACGCCUUAAGGUCACUCAUGUUGAGUGUGUAUGCCCCUAUGUUACUCCCAAGCUUGCCAAUCUGCUCAACGUCCCACGUAUCAUUAAGCAAAUUGAAGGUUGCGGAAGGACCGUUCCUCACAACUUCAAGUGUGGAAGUAUCACCACUCCAUGAGAUCGAAGGAAUGCACUAAGAUCCCAGAAGAAUAUAUAUAUAUUUAUAUAAAUUAUGCUUGGCAAAUAAAAUAUGCAUCUCUUAGCUUUCUGUAUUAGUUAUGCAUUUAUGCGGAUGUAUAUUAGAGAUUGAAAGGAGGAAAUAAGGAAAAACCUGAUGUAUGAAUUUCCAUAAAUAAGUAAAAAAGCGCAUUUUUAAUUUUAUUUA